AUGAGAACAUGCAUCCGGCCGGAGGAAACGAAAGAUAUCCAAGCCAUCCGCGACACGAUCCAAGCCGCUUUCGCUGCCAAAUCGCAUCUUGCUCACCAAGAAAGCCGUAUCGUGGACAAGCUGAGGGAGUCCGGAGACUUGACUCUUUCGUUGGCGGCUGAUGGAGAAGACGCCAUCGUCGGCCAUGUAGCGGUAUCACCAGUCCGCAUUGAAGGGCAAGAUCAUCACAUCCAAGGCUGGUAUGGCCUCGGUCCAAUGGCGGUCCAUCCAGGUUGGCAGCGGCAAGGCAUAGGGACCGCCCUCGUCGAGCAGGCCUUGAAGACAUUGCGAGAUCAGGCAGCGUCUGGAUGUGUUGUGCUCGGUCGGCCGGAGUUGUAUACACGCUUUGGCUUCUCGCGUGACCAUUCCCUUCGAGUUGAAGGGGUACCCAAGAGGUUCACAAUGGUGCUGCCGAUGAAGGAGAGCAUGCCUAUCGGCAUUGUCAAGUAUCACGAAGCCUUCAACGUAUAG